CCUGCCUCCCGUCCAACCCUCCCGUCAGCCUCCAGCGGCUGCGAGGACUUUAAACUGACUGCAAUGUUGAAGCGCACGGCGUGACCCACUUCUUCCCAGUCUCCUUUUCCGCCCGCCGCCUGUCCCUGCCUCACACUUCUACGACGUCACGCGCAUGCGCGCGGGUACGCGCACGUUCUCCCGCGGGGAGGCGGGGCCGCGGGCUCAUUCUUUAAGCGCCAAAUUCUUUCUUCCCGUUACCUCCUAGUCCAUGGUUCUAUAAAUGCUCCCUGUUAUUAUUUUUUAUAGUCAUUAACACUGCCCUAGGGAGGUCGCCCGGGUACCGUCAGCGACUUGUCCUCAACCAGGAUUGGGACCCAUAUCGGUAGCCGCCGCCGUAGCGGCGAGGGACGAUGAGCCCCUUCGCAGGAUACCCCCCAAAAACCCAUUGACGUUUGAAGUAAAAGAGGAAGAACUUUAGACCAAAUUAUAGUACUUGUAAAUUUAGAGCCCAAAAAAUGCAUUCACUAUCAAACAUAUGCAAGAAGCUUGGAAGAUCAAGUAGGUUCUUCAUAGAACUAGCUCCUUCUAUAGGUUUCUCUACUUCAUAUUGCUUUUAUAGCAGAAGAAGAAAAAAAAGCCCUUAUCAAGAAGUCGACCAAGACAAAUACUCGAAUUUAAUUCAUUCUAUUGUGUCCACCAGAAUUAGUUCUCAGACACCAGAAUCAUUGUUUCAAGAAGAUGAUUUAUUAUAUGGACCUGUGAGUAAAUACAAGGCCCAAGAGCAAGAAUCAGGACCAAAAGUUACACAAAAUACAAGCCUUCUCCUCAAUCCAGAAAAAAGAAAUGGAUCAGACUCUCUAACUGACUCCUCAAUUCCUUUGAAAAUACCUUUGCAAAAGAAUAAAAUGCCUAGUGUAACUCGAAUCCUUCAGCAGACCAUGACAGCAAAACAACUCUUAAACCUAGAGAGGUGGAAACAGCGAAUGAUUCUGGAGCUGGGAGAGGAUGGCUUUGCAGAAUAUACUUCAGACAUCUUUUUGCAAGGAAAACACUUCCAUGAAGCAUUAGAAGCCAUGCUUUCAUCCCAAGAGCAAUUAAAGGAAUUAGAUGAAAAAACUAUUAGCUCCGGCUAUGUAGCAAGUGUCCAGCAUGUCCUGAAAGACAUAAGUGGAGUAAGAGCUCUAGAAAGUGCAGUUCAUCAUGAGACCCUUAAGUAUCUGGGCCUAAUGGACUGUGUAGCUGAAUAUAGGGGUAAGCUGUGUGUGAUUGAUUGGAAGACAUCAGAGAAACCAAAACCAUUCAUCCGGAACACAUUUGACAACCCUUUACAAGUGGUAGCAUAUGUUGGAGCCAACCACGAUGCCAACUAUAACUUUGAGGUUCAAUGUGGUUUAAUUGUGGUGGCCUACAAAGAUGGAUCCCCUGCUCACACACAUUUCAUGGACUCGGAUCUCUGUUCCCAAUACUGUCUAAGUGGGCUGCUUCGACUAGAAAAAUAUACAGAAAAAGAAAAGAAACCAAACUACUCAAAUCCAGACUAGGAUGGAGGAUACUGUUCAAGGCCAUUUUACCCUUUCUCAUGGUUUGGGAAAAGGAUGCUUCAGUAUUUAGUGAAUCCGUGGUAUCACCGAUCAGGGUACUCCCUCAACUUAUUCACCCCUUUGUGAUCUAA